UCUCGCUCUAUCACCCAUGCUGGAAUGCAAUGGCGUGAUCUCGGCUCACCGCAACCUCUGCCUCCCAGGUUAAAGCGAUUCUCCUGCCUCAGUCUCCUGAGUAGCUGUGAUUACAGGUGUGCACCACCACACCCAGCUAAUUUUUGUAUUUUUAGUAGAGAUGGGGUUUCACCAUGUUGGCCGGGCUGGUCUCGAACUCUUGACCUCAUGUUCCGCCCAUCUUGGCCUCCCAAGGUACUGGGAUUACAGGCAUGAGCCACCGCACCCUGCCCAAACAUUUCUUUUUAUUUUUGUUUUUUUUUUGAGACAGGGUCUUGCUCUGUUGCCCAAGGCUGGAGUGCAAUGGUGUGAUUAUAGCUCACUGCGGCCUCAAACUCUUGGCCUCAAGCGAUCCUCCCGUCUUGGCCUCCCAAAGUGCCGGCAUUAUAGGCAUGAGUCGCAGCAACCACUUCUAACAUUUCUUGAGCAUCUGUGAUGUAUCAAGCCUGGUGCUGGGCACUGAGGUUGCGAAGGCAUUGUUCCGGUCUUCUAGGAGCCCCAGGCUAGCAGGAGAGAUAGAUGUGUGUAGAGUUAACCACAAUACCAGGCCUCAACUUCCCGUCUGUAACAUGGGUGGAUCAUGCUAGAUUGUUCCAGCCUGUCCCGUGCUUCAUUAGCCGGUCAACAGAUCCAUCUCAAAUACCUCCCGUGGGUACUCACUGAUUGCUUCAACCCAAACCAUGGCACCCUUGAUGACUUUCCCUCAGGAAGCUCAAGGACUAUGCAUCCUUCUGGGUCCGAACUGGGCACACAGCCACCAGUGCUGGACAAUGGUGGCGGCUCAGGGACACACUGGAGCUCCCAGCAGGGUUGGGAUGAGAGAUGCAAAAUGACCACACGGUGGGUGAGGAGGGGCUCCCUCGGUGCUGCUGGGAUGAGCCCUAGACACUCUUGAUCACUCCCACAAUGACCCCUUCCCAGAGGUCCCCUCAGUCACCUGCCCUGAACCAAGAUCUUCCUGAUCCUAGACCCUCCUCCCUCCCUCUAUCUCCCAGGGCUCGGUGACAUUCCGGGCAGAAAUUUCUGACCCUUUUACUCUGGAACCUCCCUCCCCAGCCUAGUCUCUGGUCUAACUGGAUUCCUGGCAGUUCCCAGAACAAGCUGCCUUUCCCCACCUUGCCACCUCUGCCCUUGUUCUCUCUGCCCGAAUGUCCUCCUUCACCAGUCUCACUGCCUUGCACAUCUCUCCUAAGGGCUGUGUUCCCAGAAUGAGCUGCAUUUGUUCAGCCUGGCCCACCGUCUACCAGAAUGUCCUCCUUCAGCCAGUCCCGUUGCCUUGCAAAACUUUUCUGGGGGACCCGUUCAUGAUGCCUUCUGUGGCAUAAUCCAAGAAUCCAGUGCCCCCUGGAGUUGUGCCCCACAGCACCCCUUUGCAGUCAAGCUCCCCCAGCACCACACCUCCCCACCCCAGAAGAGUUCCCCUUCCCUUUGAAAUCUCAUGGGACUUUGCAUCCACCCUGGCUUUAUUGGAAGGCUUUGUAUGUCUCCACAGGGUAAAUAUCCGUUUACUGGGGUGAUGAUGUCUCCAGGAUCUAGUUAAUGUUUGUUGUCGUUGGUGACCAGCCCCACCCAGUUCUGGGCAAGCAGGGUGGCCCCUGGCAGGGACAGAGCCCACCAGACUAAACUUCUGUGGAGUAGAGAGGGGCAGGCUUCUGUCCCUUUUUGGCUAAAGGUCAUCAUGUCCAAGGCCCCUCUUCUAGCCAAACGGAGAGGCCAGGUGAUAGAGAUGGGCGAGAGUGGGUGAUGUACCCAGGAGUCCCGGCUUCCCGGCUCCUCACUCCCCUACACGUAACUUUAUCCGGCCAGUGCCGCAGAGGCUGCUGGUGAGGCCAGGUGCAUGAAUGAUCAUAAUCACAACAGCAGUGAAACUGCCAGUGAUGAAACUGAUAAGGACAAGAAAGGACAGUAAUCAAGGUGCGGUUUCUCGUGGAUGUUUCCGAGACUGCAUCCUCAAACCCUCUCCCUGAGGGUCUCCACCCUGUCCUCCCACCUAAACCUAGAAUGAGGGGGCCCUGGCCUGUGGGGACCCUGGUCUUCAGGCUCCCAAACCUGGCUGGGUCUGGCUGCCCCCUGGCCUUGCCCUGUGAAUAUCCAGCUGUUCCUGGGCUGUGAUUCAGUGUCUGUCUCCCGGGUGACCUCAGCAUGGGCUUUGAGGAAGGGGAGAGGGUAGUUUCUUCUGAGACUGGAUAGUGACUCAGGGACCAGGGGCAGGGGCCUCAAAAGUGCCUUUGUUGGCCUGGGCUCAGGAAUCCAGAGAAACUGGUCAGGAGGAGGUCCCAGUGACAAAAACUCCUCCCUCUGCCCCCGCCCCUCUGCCAGAGCCAUAUAACCGCUCAACCUGUCCCUAGCGAGAGAGUGCCCUGGCAGCUGUCGGCUGGAAGGAACUGGUCUGCUCACACUAGCCGGCUUGCGCAUCAGGACUGGCUAUAUCUCCUGACUCACGGUGCAAAGGAGCUCUCUGCGAACGUUAAGUCCGUCCCCAACGCUUGGAAUCCUACGGCCUCCACAGCCGGAUCCCCUCAGCCUUCCAGGUCCUCAACCUCCGCGGACUCUAAGCAAUGGCCUCCAUGGGGCUACAGGUGACGGGCAUCGCGCUGGCCGUCCUGGGCUGGCUGGCCGUCAUACUGUGCUGCGCGCUGCCCAUGUGGCGCGUGACGGCCUUCAUCGGCAGCAACAUCGUCACGUCGCAGACCAUCUGGGAGGGCCUGUGGAUGAACUGCGUGGUGCAGAGCACCGGCCAGAUGCAGUGCAAGGUGUACGACUCACUGCUGGCGCUGCCGCAGGACCUGCAGGCGGCCCGCGCCCUCAUCGUCAUCAGCAUCAUCGUGGCCGCUCUGGGUGUGCUGCUGUCCGUGGUGGGGGGCAAGUGUACCAACUGCCUGGAGGAUGAGAGUGCCAAGGCCAAGACCAUGAUCGUGGCGGGCGUGGUGUUCCUGUUGGCCGGCCUGCUGGUGAUAGUGCCCGUGUCCUGGACGGCCCACAACAUCAUCCGAGACUUCUACAACCCGCUGGUGGCCUCGGGGCAGAAGCGGGAGAUGGGUGCCUCGCUCUAUGUCGGCUGGGCCGCCUCCGGCCUGCUGCUGCUUGGCGGGGGGCUGCUUUGCUGCAACUGCCCACCCCGCACAGACAAGCCUUACUCUGCCAAGUAUUCUGCCGCCCGCUCUGCUGCUGCCAGCAACUACGUGUAAGGUGCCACGGCUCCAUUCUGUCCCUCUUUGCUUUGCUCUUCCCUGGACUGAGCUCAGCACAGGCUGUGACCCCAGGAGGGCCCUGCCACGGGCCACUGGCUGCUGGGGACUGGGGACUGGGCAGAGAUUGAGCCAGGCAGGAAGACAGCAGCCUUCAGCCUCUCUGGCCCAUUCAGACACCUUCCCAAGGCCGCCUCCUGCUAGCAAGAACAGAGUCCACUCUCCUCUGGAUAUUGUGGAGGGACGGAAGUGACAGGGUGUGAUGGUGGAGUGGGGAGCUGGCUUCUGCUGGCCAGGAUGGCUCAACCGUGACUUUGGGCUCUGUCUGCAUCGGUGUUAGACACUGUCCCCAUUUACAUUUUCCCCACUUUGUCUGCCUGCAUCUCCUCUGUUCCGGGCAGGCCUUGAUGUCACCUCUAGGACUGUGCCUUGCUCACCGAAACCCGCACCCAGGAGUAUGGCUGAGGCCUUGCCCACCCACUUGCCUGAGGAGUGCAGAGUGGAUGGACGGGUUUGGAGGGGAGGGGUGAAGGCUUUGUAAACAGGUUUGGGCAGCAGUGGGGGAGGGGGCCAGAGAGGCCGCUCAGGCUGCCCAGCUCUGUGGCCUCAGGACUCUGCCUCACCCACUUCAGCCCUGGGCCACUGGAGACUGAUCCCCUCUGAGUCCUCUGCCCCUGCCAAGGACAUUAACCAGCCUGGGAGGGUGGCAGAGAGGAGGGCACGGCUUCACCCUCAGGAGUCCUGGGGUUUUUCCUCCUCCUUCUUCAUGGUUUCUGUUUUGUAAUUUAAGAAGAUCUAUUCAUCACUGUAAUUAUUAUUAUUUUCUACAAUAAAUGGAACCUGUGCACAGGAGGAA